AUGGAAGAUCAGUCGAGCGCACAGCCAAAGAAGCGUCGACGUGUUGAACGUGGCGGGCGCUCCAAGAAAGGCUGCCGGACCUGCUUGACAAAAAGAGUCAAGUGCGAUGAACAACAUCCAAGAUGUGGUCGUUGUAUUCGCCUUAAACUUGAGUGCGAAUGGGCGUCUUCGAAACCGUCCCUUGCGUCAAGGAGACGGGGUUUCGGACCCAUCAAGGACCGAUGCAGUUGGACACCACCAAAUAUCGUUGCAAAAGAAGUUGGAGAAAAUACGCAGGAUGUUCCCGAACUGGAACCUCUGAGCCAAGUUGAAGCAUCACCUACUGUUCUGUUAGAUGAUGCGCCUCCAGAGCAGCAACUGGAAAGUCCCGGCCCAGACAUAGGCGCCUUGUCACUCAUUCCAUCGCCCAUAGUUCCCUUCGCACCGAUCACCGACCUCUCAAAUCUCGUUCUACUACCUGAAGACGCUAUCGACAUGGGGGAAGAGCAACCGAACCACCAAGACGGCAUUGGUCUGAGCACUCAACUGACAUUAUUCCCAUUUCCCUCAUUCAGCCUAUUCUCGGCUUUAUCGUCCAUCUCCUUCACUCUCCCCAUGGAUCCAGCCCCUUCAAUCGGCACCAGCGAUUCCCAAGCAGUUGCCUUCCAUCGAACUGUGCUGGCGCCCAUGAAGUCAACACAAGUGGCUGCAGUAUCGUCACACACGCUCUUCCUAGAUUUCGCCAUCCAGAACAGGAUGGCAUUGCACCUUCUCCUUGCCUUCUCUCACAGCGAGUUGGCGAUUCAUCAAGGCUAUAGUGACCGACCUCCGCUGGAGUCGUACCUUCACUUCCAACACGGCUCCCAGCUAUUCACCCAACAACUAGAGGCAUUCGCACAAACAAAUCACAUUGCCAUGAUGCUCUCAUUCUUGUAUUUAUACAUGUUUUGGAUGCGACGUCGUCCGUUCGAUGUGCAAAGGUUAAGAGAGCUGAGCGCCUCAGUCCUCGUCUACGUAAGGGCCUUUGCUUUGGACGAACUGUGCGCCAGUGGGACAUCCGAUGGCGAGACAUCUGAGCCGGUUAUUUUGUCCCGAAUCUUGACUUACAUCUACGAUCGGGAUGUAUUUUGCGGCUUCUAUGGAUGCGGAGAGGCCUUUGCCAUCUAUGUGGAUGAGAACCAUGAGAAAAGGCAAAGGAUCUGGCAGCUUUCGAGGCUGCCUUUCUCUAAUGACCAUAGAACUAUGUGGCCAGGGUUUCAAAACUCGUCAAGGAACCCUCACAGGAUGAUUCUCGAUGUUUACUUUGCGCUCAUUACCAUUCAGCGCGAGAUCAACCGGUACAGCCAAGGCAGUGAAGCCCAAACACUGGGUAUGGAUCUGGGCAUCAAGCGGAAGCUCGACCGUAUACGAGAGGAACAAUCUUUCAUCUUUGAAUUGGCGGCCAAGGGAGCCCAGCGGGCUUCGACCACACCACUAAUGGCACUCGUUGCUGUCACAAUAUUCCACGCCCUUGAGAUAUACCUGGUUCGUAGUAGAGAUUCAGCUCUUGGGGAACUUCCCGUUCCCUCCGAAGUACAAAGGGCUCUAAAGGACCUAUUGACGACGGCGUAUUACACGGUCGCUGCUGGGCCGGUCCAGCUACUUGAGAGGUUCCAGUGGGCGCUCCUGAUUGCAGGGAUCGAAACGCAUGAUCCCAUUCAUAGAGAUUGGAUCUCGGCGAGUAUUUCAGAUCCCGCAAUCAAGGGCAUCUUUCAGAUUGUCCAGUCGGCUAAGGGGUCGUCGGGAAUCACCAUGCGGGCGGUCCGACGUCUAGUCAGUGGCGGAUACAAUGAUAUCUAA